CAGUCGCUUCCUCACGCAAAACGAUUAUGAUUUAAUCUUUUUUUUCUUAGCAAGAGCAUUUUACUUCUCUAGGCAUGAACUUCUGAGCACCACCUUCAUUUCUCUAUCUAGAGAAUGGCAACUGUGUAUUUGUGUAAUUUAGCUGUCGGGAAAUCCGAAAAUUAACUUUUCUCUUGCCAUUUUCGUUUGUCACAGGAUGGACGGCUACGGGGUCCCUGCUUCGGGACCUAGCACGCUCCGACAGAUUGAUGACGUUCCAUCUGAAUCAGAAGACGAAGAGGGGAUUGGUUUUCCUGCAGGAGGCGCGGUCGCCGAGUCUGAUUCGGACGAGGAAGAUCAGAUCCAGGUCAAUGGAAAAGCACCCUCAAUCGGGUCAAGGUGCAGCGUGAAGAAGUUGCACGACCUGAUUUCCUCAUUUGAUGAGGAGAAACGACAGUAUGUAGCCGAGAUGGAGUUUGGGGGGCUGCUAGAGCUACCAAAGAUAACAAGGACGGAUAGGCAUUUCUUGAUGUCUAUCCUAAGCCACAUCGAUGAGGAGGCAAAUUCAAUUACAAUUGAUCACAAACGCGACAUGCAAUUUUUCGAUGAAGAUGUCAAACUGGUCAUCGGCAUACCAUGUGGAACUGCUCCUGUUCGCCCUCCAGACCACGCUGUUCCGGAGGUAGUGGUGACACAGAUAAGAGAGAUGUUUGGAAUUGGUCCAGGAGAGCACAGCAUACUGCCAAUCGUUGAAGCUGUGAAGCAGACAUACGGGCGUCCUAUGACGACACACGAGAAGAACAGGUUCAAAGUGGGGCUGGUCAUAUGCGCAUGCACAUACCUCCUCGCUCCAACAAUGAAGAACGACUACUUCUGUACUGAUUAUUGGGGCGCGCUGGCAACGGCAGAGCUCAUACAUAUGCACAACUGGUGCCGAUAUACAAGGGAAGAGCUGUUAGUUGCGGCGAAGAGGGUGAAGGCAGACCUUCUAGGAGGGCGUCUGAAGUCUAAUCUAUCAGGUUGCCUCCCAUUUGUACAGGUGUUCUAUAUUGACAAUCUUGACGUUGGAGAGCAGAACAUCGACCACACCGCGCGCCCAAGAGUGAAGGCGUACAGCUACGCAGCUAUCAGAUCAAUAAUUGAAAAGGACAUCAAGUCGCGCAAGGGAGAUUACCCAGUCAUCUAUGGCAGACUCCUGCCAAGACCAGCAGCAGAUGUCUAUUAUCACAGAAACCCUAUAACAAGGCAACGGGCAGCAAGCACAUCAGCCGGUCGUGACUCUCGAAGCUCUGUUCCAUCAAAUCGUGGUUCGUUAGACAUUAAGGAGGCUUCUUACCUCGUCUUAGACAAAAUAUCAAAGUUCACAGCCCGUUGUGAGGAGGUUCUAAUUUCCACUGCAAGGAAGAAAGAAGAGGAGAACCACCGUCAUUUCAGUGCACUAAAUACCUUGGAAAACUCUGCCCAACAAAAAAUAAAGAAGGAGGCCAAAAGAAUGAGGGAUGAAUUCUUUUCGUUCUUCAAAAACUUCGAGAGGCAACAUGCUGCGAUAAGGAUGCGAAGGGGUGCAUCAGGUGUCGAUGUUGAUUCUGGUAAUUGCCGCAACGCAUCCCCAAUACCAGAUCUCGCUGUGUCAACGCCUUGCAAUGCCAAACCAACACCUCCAGCGAGCGGCGGGUGUCAGGGCAACACAAACUCAUCACCGGACGUUGUCGAGGUGACUCCUAGGCGGUUCAAAAGGAUAGCAAAGAAACCGAAGAAGGUAACAUUUGAGUGCGGGCCAUCAGGCGUCAUGGACAUCACAGACAGCGAAGAUAAUGUGAAUGAUUGUUUAUCACACCCUACAGCAAUACGUUCAACUUCUGCCCUGGAAGAUGGCAACCCGGAAGACAGCUCGCCUGUCGUCAACAUCGCACUAGACAGCUUGAUAAGAGAAGCAGAGAGGUACAGCAGGUCAGGCAAGCAGAUUGUUGACGGUUCCACUGCAACCAGGGAUUCCAUCCUGGAACUUGCAAGUAGAGGUCAAUCAUCUGGCGCAAAAGAUGUCGAGGAUGGUGCAGCAACAUACUCUGUUUGUUGUGCUCAAGACCCCAACUUCGACAACAGGCGUCAAUGGAACUACCCGUCUGGACACCCACUUAUCGAGGAGACGCCGUCAUUUGACCUGGGCGUCUUCACACCUCCUUGCAAUAAAGCAAAAGAACCUACCUCGUUGAGCAUUGGUUCCAUAAAGGGCAUCACGCGGAAAGACCUGUUCGGCGCUGGUGAAUUCUCCACUAAAACUCCUGGGUCUGCAGACCAGGUGACACCAUCAACCCCCUUUCACAUAGGGAGCGCAACUAUACAUCCCACACAAGAACACCGUGUGGUGGCACACGUGUCACCGGUUAGUUGCACUAGGUCUGUAGCCACUGGCCUUUUGGACUUCAGAGAGGAAGUAGAGGCAGACUGUGUAAACCUGAACAAACCGGUUGAGGAAAUAUCACUACCCGCACCACCACCCAAAAGGAGAGUUGCCCCUGGGCCUGCCGGCCGAUCGCCGUUUGUCAUGCAAUAUCGUUUGUCCGAGAGGGCUUCAGGAGAUGCAACACAUUUGUAUCUAACAUUCUCCCAGAUGGACGGAGCAGUGCUAAGCAACAACUGGGUUGUUAGUCCAUUUCCAAGCUACAUAGAGCUGACGGGCAUCGCACUCAAAAGACAGUUGAGCGUGGGAGGUUUCAUAGAGAUAGACUUGAUGAAUGUUUUUAUGCGGAGGUUCCAGCAGCUAGAGAAUGCUUGGGCCAGAAAAUAUGGCGACUCACCAUGGAGGCAUUACUUGGAACCAGACUUCAUGAGCCACGUAUUGCGAGGCGGAGGAUUCAUCCAUAAUGACUAUGUAAGGAACAUUUUUGUUGGGCAUCACAUCUCGCAUGAUGUCAACAGAUGCCCUAUGAUGGUCUUGCCAGUGCAUCAUGCGCACGCUUGGUCAACAUAUAUAUUCGACUUCCCGAGGAGGAGGACAACCAUUUUAGAUCCUAUGAUCAACAACGGGGACAGACCAGCAGAUGAAUUGCGCAACGAACACAUAAAAAUAGCAGAUGAGCUACGCGGGGCGCUAUUGGAAUGCAUAGCUGAAUACUUCGAUGGUUGGACACCCAAGACCAAAGGAUGGCAGAAGUGGUUCCCAAAACUCACAACUGGACCUUGGGUCUGCAGCAGGGCUUCUAGCGGGGUCAUUGCGCUACACUAUGCUAGGCAGUGGAUGGGGACGAAGCUACAGAGGACUUUAUCGCCGAUUUGUGCUAAAGCAUACGCCACUCGGUUGGCACCUUUAGCCCAACAGGUGAUCCUUAAGAGCCAAACAGCUUUCCUUAAGGGGCGCAACAUCUUGGAGGGUCCAAUUGCGCUGCUUGAGAUUGUCCAUGAGCUUAAACGCACCAAGGGCAAAGGGGUGCUGCUCAAAUUAGACUUCGAAAAAGCAUAUGACCGCGUGAACUGGGAGUUCGUGCCGGAAGUCCUCCUCAAAAAGGCUAUAGAGGCGGGUUUCGUCCGCCGAAUCAUGCACCUCGUCAGUAGUUGUCAGACGGCGGUCACAAUUAAUGGUGUGAUGGGUAAGUUCUUCCGCAACAAAAGGGGAUUACGUCAAGGGGACCCGAGCUCGCCGCUCAAUUUCAAUUUUGUUGCGGACGCCUUGGCAGCAAUGUUCAAUAAGGCGAGAACAUCGGGGCACAUCAAAGGGUCUCAGCAAGGCGGCGUCGACGCCAAGACUUCGUCGGCGGCUGCGAAGCCCACCCGCCGGGGCGUGCCCAUCCGCCCUUGGAAAGGGCCUCUUCCGCGGCUGAGACCGCUGCAGCCGCUCGCCCUGGCGGCGUUCUGGCCUGAGCCGCCGGUGGCAACGGACGCGGAGGCAGCGGAGGGCUUCGGGGCCGCCGCCGGUCCGCUUCGCUACGGCGUAACACCGGCGUACAUCACACCUGUCCCGCGAGCUGCUGCCCCAGCGCCGGCGCCGGUCGUCUUCGGGGCCACCAAUCAAUCAGCUGCACCUGAGGCUCUGGCUCGCCGCCACAAGCACAAGCGCAAGGGGGGACGCCAUGACGCCGCUGCUGGUACCGUCCCUCCGGCCACGGAAACUCUGCCGGUGGUAGGGGCCGUCCCUGCCACACUGAUUCCUCAGUCUAUUAACGUCGCUCCAGUUGUUGCAGCCUCCACUGACGCCGCUGGGCAUGGCCCAAAAGGAAAGAGAACCGGUCUUUGGUGCUUCAAAUGCCGUUCAGAUGAUCAUCUCUCUAAGGACUGCACGGUGGUACAUUACUGUCAUAUUUGUGACAACUACAAACACCCUAUGCAUGGCUGCCCUGUGCUCAAGCAACAAAGACCUAUUGCGUCGCUAGGUGGAUGCGGUCUUGUAAAUGCAAUGUUCGUGCAGCUACCGGAUUCGCUUUUCAAGGAAUAUCUAGCACCACCAACACUUCCAACUGCUUUGGUCAUGAUCUCCUGUGGUUCUUUGUCCGCUGCUGAGGUGGAGGUGGAGGUCGCUAAGAUCGCCUCGGUCCAGUCAUCUUGGAAGUGGGAAGCCAUGCCGCAUGGAGACAAUGCGUUCCUAGUUUGUUUUUCAUUUGUCGAGAUUUUGAAACGUGUGGCUGCUUUUGAGUACAAUGUCAAAUCACACAAUGUGCAGGUUGCAUUCAGUGAAUGGAGAGCUGAGAAGGUCCCAUCCAUUCUUCCUUUGCAGCUUGUGUGGGUUCACGUCACUGCGUCCCUCCACCUCUCCAUCAUUUCCUCGGUUGCCGUACGUUCUUUGGAUAUUUUCUCCAAAAAAGACGGGUCUGAUGAUGCUUCGGUUUUCUCGGAUGUCUAUGUUAAACUUAAUGGCUAUUCGUUUCGGUUUGUUCUGGAGGACGACCACGUCCCCGAUGCUGACUUAAUCCCACGAAUAUGGGAAAACCAUGAUGAUGGCCAUGAGAACGACACUAAUCGGGAUGAGGAUAUGACUGACAGAGAUGCUAGCAAAAGGUCUAAAAAUGUCCAAGCUGUUGAUGAAAACAAAACGUCAGAGGCUCAAACUAGCUCUGUAGUCCCCAUGCAGAUCACACAGACAUCAGCUCAGGCAGCGCCUCCGGGCUUCUCAGCGGCACGGCCGGAUAUGGCAAUGGCAGUGACGGGACUACCAAUCCCUGAUGCUGCUCACACGCAUGUAGUGGACCUGGCGCAGUCCCUAGCUGCAAGCGCCAUGCAUGCAAUAGAUGGGGAGGGCCGGUCCAUGGUCCCUGACUGCAUGCGCCAUGCAGCAGCCGUGGAAUGUGGCCCAGCUGCCCUCACGAGGCUAGCACUCAAGCAGCCAUCUGCUGCUCCCCAGCGCAUACUGCUGGCCCCGCUUCGGUGA